CCGGGGAUCAGGGCCGGGCUCCGCCGGGGGCGAGGAGAUGGGACCCCCGCGCCUCGGGACGGGGCUUUGCCGCCCGCCCGGCAGCCCCUCCGCUCAAAAUGGCGCCUCGCUCCUCUCCUCCUCCCCCGCGGGGAGCAGCGCAACAACAGCCAACUGCCAGUUCCAACGGUCGCCCCGCCCCACGUGACUCGGCGGCCAGUCAGCCGGCAACCAAUGGCAGCGCUGGCCAAUGGCAGCGCGCGCCGCCUAGGCCGGCGGCUCGAGCGCCCUACGAGGGGGCGGGGAAGAGCGAAUAUGUGACUGAUGGUUUUGGAGGCCCAUCAGAAUGCGGCGUCUGGCAAGCUUCCGCCCAAUGAGCCGGCGAAGGGGCGAGCCCGGGUGGCGGGGUGAUGUCACAUGAGUCGCCGCCCAAUCGGAGGCAAGCCGCUGUCUAUAUAAGGCCGACCGGGGACAGGCUGAGAGGCGCCAUUUCGCUGAAGCGGAGGAAGGAGCUGGUCGAGGAUUAGUCCGUGAAGGGGGCGGAUUCAAUCCAGAUCCAUCCUCCGCCGGGCAGCCCCCAGCCACCGCCUCUACACCACCUACGGGUCCGCAGGACCUCCCCGGCUUCCGUAGAGACCUCUGCCUGCGGCCUCGAGGGCCCUGGCGGAACGCCCCAUCCCCCUGGCAGCCAAGAUGGAGCCGGGGCAGUGAUCCCAGUACAAUCCAGUGCCAUCCGCCUCUCUGACGCGGACCAUCCCUCCGGGGGCCGGCCUCUACGGGCAGAGCAGGCGCCGGCGGACCCAACGAGCCCUGUAUUGACCGGAUCCCGACAGGAUUUGGAGCCCGUCGGGGGCUCCGAAGAGGGGGCCCCCACCCUGCGCCCCCCUCCGUUCAGCCGCCGCCAUUUUCUUCGCGUCCAUUCAUGUAAAGCCGGUGAAUGGUGCUGGGGCCCGCGCCCCCUUGCUGGCGCUGCUCGCCUCGCUGGAGACCAUCGGCCCCCGCGUCGGGUGCUAGCCCGCUGGGGGGAGGGGAGGGGAGGGGGUGCCGGCUUGUCCCCCUCCCCCCGCGUGACGUGAUGCUCGGCAGCGGGCAGCCCUGCUCCCAGCGGCGCGGGACCAGCGUGUGUCGCUAGGGCUCCUCCUCCCGCCCCCUGGCAAAGUGGGGGUCCCCCGAGGGCCCGGGAUCUGGAGGAGGAGGCGGAGGAGGAGGAGGACUCCUGGGGGAGAGACCCUGGAGAGCAGCCGCCGCAGGCAUGUUGCAGAAUGUGAAUCCCCACAGCAAGAUUUUGGGGGAGGGCAGUACUGGGCUCAUGGGCCUGGCGACGGAGUCGACCCCAGGCAAGCGGAUCCGCAAGCCGUCACUGCUCUACGAGGGUUUCGAGAGCCCCACCAUGGCGUCAGUGCCAGCCCUGCACCUGCCUCAGGUGAACCCUCCACCACCGGAGGUGUCCAACCCCAAAAAGCCAGGCAGGGUCACCAACCAGCUGCAGUAUCUCCACAAGGUGGUGAUGAAGGCCCUGUGGAAACAUCAGUUCGCCUGGCCCUUCCGCCAGCCCGUCGAUGCUGUCAAGCUGGGCCUGCCGGAUUAUCACAAGAUUAUCAAGCAGCCCAUGGACAUGGGGACCAUCAAGCGACGUCUGGAAAACAACUAUUACUGGGGGGCGGCGGAGUGCAUGCAGGACUUCAACACCAUGUUCACCAACUGUUACAUCUACAACAAGCCCACGGAUGACAUUGUGCUGAUGGCCCAGACACUGGAGAAGAUUUUCCUGCAGAAAGUGGCUCAGAUGCCUGCAGAGGAGCAGGAGAUUGUCAUCACCGUGGCCAAGAACAGCCACAAGAAGGGGGCUUCCCGGGCGGCAGCUCUCCUGGCAGGAGCAGUCACUGCAGCUCACCAAGUGCCCGCAGUCUCCUCAGUCUCGCAUGCCUCGCUCUACACCCCAAGCGCUGAGAUCCCCACCACUGUGCUCAGUAUCCCCCACCCCUCGGUGAUCUCAGCACCGCUUCUCAAAUCACUGCACUCCGCUGCCUGCCAGCCAGUGCUGGCUGUGCCCGCUCCCACGCAGCCUGUGGCCAAGAAGAAGGGUGUGAAGCGAAAAGCAGACACCACCACCCCCACCACCACAGCCAUCAUCGCCACUAGCGGGGAGUCAUCCCCGUCGGCCACCCUCCUGGAGCCCAAAGCGGCCAAGAUCCCCACCCGGCGGGAGAGCGGGCGCCCCAUCAAGCCCCCCAAGAAGGACCUGCCCGACUCGCAGCAGCACCAGACCUCCAAGAAGGGCAAGCUGUCUGAGCAGCUCAAGUAUUGCAACGGCAUCCUCAAGGACCUGGUGUCCAAGAAGCACGCUGCCUACGCCUGGCCGUUUUACAAGCCCGUCGACGCCUCGGCCCUGGGGCUGCACGACUACCACGAGAUCAUCAAGUGCCCCAUGGACCUCAGCACCAUCAAACGGAAGAUGGAGAACCGGGAUUACCACGAUGCGCAGGAAUUUGCUGCCGACGUCCGGUUAAUGUUCUCCAACUGCUACAAGUACAACCCUCCCGACCACGACGUCGUGGCCAUGGCUCGCAAGCUGCAGGACGUGUUCGAGUUCAGCUAUGCCAAGAUGCCGGACGAGCCCCUGGACACCAACCCACAGUCGGCCGGGCUGUCUGGAGCCCUCUCGAAAUCCUCCUCCGAGGAGUCGUCCAGCGACGACGAGGAUGAGGACGAAGAUGAGGAUGAGGACGACGAAGAGAGCAGCAGCGAGAGCUCGUCAGAGAGCGAGGAGAGCUCCGACUCGGAGGAGGAGCGCGCUAACCGGCUGGCAGAGCUGCAGGAGCAGCUGCGGGCAGUGCAUGAGCAGCUGGCCGCGCUGUCGCAGAGCCCGGUCUCCAAGCCCAAAAAGAAGCGGGAGAGGAAGGAGAAGAAAAGGAAGAAGAAAUCGGAGAAGCACAAGGGCCGGGGAGGCGAGGAGGAGGCCCGGGCACGCCAGGCCCAGCUGAAGAAGGCCAAAAAAGCAGGGGGCAGCAGUGGAGGGACCAGCGGGAGCAGCAGCAGCAGCAUCACCAAGAAUUCCAGUAAGGUGUCGAAGGGGGCGCUGCCGGCACCCCCCAUGCUCUACGACUCGGAGGAGGAGGAGGAGAGCAAGCCCAUGACCUACGACGAGAAGCGCCAGCUCAGCCUGGACAUCAACAAGCUGCCGGGGGAGAAGCUGGGGCGGGUGGUGCACAUCAUCCAGUCGCGGGAGCCCUCGCUGCGCGACUCCAACCCCGAGGAGAUUGAGAUCGACUUCGAGACCCUCAAGCCCUCCACCCUGCGGGAGCUGGAGCGCUAUGUGCUGUCCUGUCUGCGCAAGAAGCCACGCAAGCCCUACAGCGAGACCAUGAAGAAGCCGGUGGGGAAGACGAAGGAGGAGCUGGCGCUGGAGAAGAAACGGGAGCUGGAGAAGCGGCUGCAGGACGUGAGUGGCCAGCUCAACUCCACCAAGAAGCCCCCCAAGAAGGCCAAUGAGAAGCCAGAGUCUGCCCAGCAGGUGCCCGUGUCGCGGCUCAGCGCCAGCAGCUCCAGCUCCGACUCCAGCAGCAGCAGCUCCAGCUCCUCGUCCUCGGACACCAGCGACUCGGAUUCCGGCUAGAGCUGGGCGGCGAUGGCAGUGGGUGGGCGGCGGCGUGGCCGGGUUGGAAGUGUGGACAGGUUCAGAAGAGGCUCUGCGGGACCGGACCCCAUGUGAACCGGACUGAGCAGCUCCACCCGGCGGGCAGCACCCCCAAGGCAAGGGAGGGCGCCAGUGACUGCCCCCUCCCGGACAUGCCCCAGCGUUUACAGUUCGGAGGCCCCUGGGGGUUGUCGGCGCAGAGGCACCUGCUGGGCACAGCCUGUGCAGGCCCCGGCACGACCCCAGCCAGGUUUUACCGUUUGGUUUGGUUUGGUUCUGACCCAUGGGAGCUUUUCCCAGGGCAGAGUUUGGGUUUUAAAGGGUUUGGAAGUCUCCACGUUUGGAUUUGCUCUUGGGGGAUGGGGGUUUGAGGGGGCCUGGCCGGACAGAUAGAAGCUGCCGGCCCCUCAUGUGCUCUGGGCUGCAUCGCUGGGCCCCCCCCCCCAUCUCAUGUCCGCUGGCAGCCUCGUCCCCUUCUCCGGGGAGGCUUUAUUUAUUUGAGCAGCGGUUGGGCCACAGGACCCUGCAGGGAUGGGUGUCACCCGCCCGGCUCCAGGACUGCAGUGUACAGAGCCCGCAGGGCACAGCCUGGGCAGCAUGCUCAUUACUGGGGGGGGGGCAGGGAGGGGAGGGGGGCUGUUUUUUAUGUUGACUGUACAAUUGUUUUCUACUCCUUCCUUUUCCCUUCCCGUCCCCUGCCCGCCCCGUCAGACCCCAAGGGCGGGCUCAGCUGUUCUGACCUUUCCAGUCUGGAACAUGUAAAUAAAGAAAAUAUUAUUGGA